ACCUCUCGCUUGAAGACAGCUGGGAUAGGCUCCAGCAUCCCCAGCGACCCUCGUGAGGAAAAAGCGAUGAAUGAAAAUGAAAAUGUUUGAAAGUGAAUGAAUGUUUAAUGGUGCUUGCACAGCAGUGGUUUGUGCGCAGUCCUCACAGCUAGGAGACCCAAGUUUGAGUCACCCCUCGGUCAUCUCUGGAGUUUGCAUGUUCUCCCCAUGCAUGCGUGGGUUUUCUCCAGGGAUUCCGGUUUCCUCCCACAUUCCCAAAACGUGACCUUGUGAGGAUAAGCGGUUGAAAAUGAAUGAACGUUUAAUUGUUAAAUGCAUUUGAGGAUAAUGGUGGCUGUUUUUGAAUACACUGGACAAAAUUACAGGAAGAGACUUAAAAAAAAUGUAAAAAGAAUAAAAAAUAGGCUUUAAUUACAACUCCACACCUGAGGGAGGCAGAACUGCACCAGAAUGUGCUGGCUAUGCAUACCGGAAGUCGUAAACAAGGAAAGGAAAAAGGAUAGCAGGUUAGCUGACACUGUCUGUAAAUCCGCCUUAAUUAUUUCACAAUAAACUCGUUUUCGUGAACUUUGAAGCUCCUCGGGGAGCUUAGCAUGCUAGCUGCUCAAAAGAGACGCAGACGUUCACACGUCGCCAAACAGAGAUCAAAUGUGAGUGUUGUGAUUGUGUGAACAUGUUUAAAGUACAAAUGCUGAAAUCGUUGGUGAAUCAGCGUCUGACCGCUGCUGUUGAAGAAAUAUUUGUAGUGUUUGAAAAAACCAUAGCGGAGUACGAGGAGGAACUUUCUCGAACAAAAGUCGAGAACGAGCGACAACGUCAACUACUGGAUGCCUUUUACAAGACGCAAGUUGUGGUGCACAGAGCAGACGUCAUUGAAGGAGAUCCUCCCGCUGAGAAGCAGGAUUGGAGCACCUGGAUGGCACAGAAGGAGCACCAGUCCCCCCACAUUAAAGAGGAAGAGGAGGAUCACAGCAUCAGUCAGGAGGGAGAACAUUUAGAAGAGCUGGAGGAGUUUCUAGUGAUUCGUGUCCCUGUAAAGAGUGAAGAUGAUGAAGAUGAAGGUCAUAGUCAGGAGAUGAGAGAAGCGGAGCCUCCAUGCAGCAGUUCAGCACAUCACAUGACAGCGGAAGUUGAUGGAGACCACUGUUCAAGACCACAAGCGGACAAUACUUUAGGUCCACUAUCAGAUAGUGACGACACAACGUCACACUCUCCUAACACUGAUGAUGACGAUGACGACGACGACGACGCUAAAGUUGAUAGGACAUGUCACACUGACAACACACACAGGAAGUGCUCUCAAUGUAACAAAACCUUUAAAUGCCGUAGUAAUCUGAAAAUACACAUGAGAACCCACACAGGAGAGAAACCAUACAUUUGUUCAGUUUGUGGUAAAAGUUACUCUCAGAAGAUACAUUUAACGAUACACACAAGAACACACACCGGAGAGAAACCUUUUUCCUGUUCAGUUUGUGGUAUCGGCUUUGAACGAAGAGAUAAGUUGAAAACACACUCAAGAAUACACACCGGAGAGAAACCUUUUUCCUGUUCAGUGUGUGGUACAGGUUUUGCACGAAAUCAGGAUUUAAAAAGACACACCAGAAUACACACAGGAGAGAAACCUUUUUCCUGCUCAGUGUGUGGUAUAAAUUUUGUACGAACUCAAGAUUUAAAAAGACACAUGAGAAUACACACUGGAGAAAACCCUUUUUCCUGUUCCUUCUGUAACAAAAGCUUUUGCGAUCGAACACCGCUUGUAAGACACAUGAGAAUACACACCGGCGAAAAAGUGUUCAGCUGCAGUGUGUGUGGCGAAAGAUUCUCUUAUAAGUACCAGGUUAACAAUCACAAGUGUGCUGGUGAGAAUAGCAGCGGGACAUGAAGUUGCAGUUAAAUAAACUGUCAGACUUUGAUACCUGUCUUUCUAACAGCAUCAUUGUGUGCGUAAGGUAUUUCAGUGAUAUGCUGCUUCCACCAUUUAAAUGCAAUAAAAACAGGAAAGAAAAGUUGUGACAAUGUCAG